UAAGGAAACUAUUUGGUAUUUUACUAUCCCUCUGUACAGACUGGGCUUAUGUCCUUAUAAGAGAGAAAAACUUUGGUUUCGUUUUAUUCCCUCUCCUCUCCCCCUCCCUUUGGCCGUAAAUUCAACCUCAAACACAUGAGAACUUAGCUGUCUUCAACCAGGCUUUGUAUCUCACACGGGUUUUGGAUAUUUCAAGCUCUUUCAUGGAGCAGAUGGAGUCAGUUGAUCUGGAUCAUAAUCGUAAUUGCAUUGAAGAAACAUCUGACAAGCAGUUAUUUCCCCCAAGUUCUCCUGAUAGAAGUGAUAUAUUUGGAGAUCCACAGGUGAAUACAAGAGUUGGUGAUGAUUACCAAGCAGAAAUUCCCUCCUUGUUGACAGAAUAUGAGCAUCUUCAGCUUCUAUUGAACCCUGCUGAUUCAGGUGUCAUGGUUGAUGUUUCCCAAUCUUUUUUAAUGGGUUUGCCCAUCCCAAUCAUGUGGGCUCAGGAAGUUAAUGGCAUUGGAGAUAAAACAUGGGGACUUCCAAGUAACCAUGAUGAGGAAGUUAACCCAAACAAGCCUGCCGAAUCGAGAAUUAGAAAAAAGAUAUAUAUUAAGUUGAAGAAGAAAAGUUCAGCAAUCAAUCUUGAACCCUUAGAUGUUGGGCUGGAAAAUGAAAAGGAAUCAAGAACUGCAAAUGUUGGAAACAUCGUGAUAGGGAAAACAAGCGUUGUUGGACUACAUAAAAGCAAAAGGUAUUCCCCAGUUCCAGGUUCUAAAUGUGACCCUUGGAGUGAUCCUGACGUGAACAGUUUCCUUCUUGGUUUGUACAUAUUUGGGAAGAAUUUUGUUUCAAUCCGGAGAUUCCUAGAGAAGAAAGAGAUGGGAGAAAUACUGUCAUUCUACUAUGGGGAAUUCUAUAGAUCUGAUCAAUACCGUAGAUGGUCGGACUCCCGGAAGGCCAGAAGCAGGAAAUGUGUAACAGGAAGGAAAAUAUUUACAGGAUGGAGGCUACAGGAACUGUUAUCCCGUUUGCUUCCCCAUGUCCCAGAGGAAUCUCAAAGUACUUUGCUGGAGGGCUUCAAGUCAUUUGCUGAGGGAAGAACUUCAUUUGACGAAUUUGUCUUCUAUUUGAAGUCGACUGUUGACAUUCAGAUUCUUGUGGAAGCUGUGGCUAUUGGUAAGGGUAAGGAGGAUCUCACAGGCCUGGCCUUAGAUUCUGGAAAGACCAAUCAAAUAUUUCAAGUCUGUCCUAACCUACCAACCGGCAAAGAUUGUUCCUCUCUGACACCCAGUGACAUAUUAAAGUUUUUGACUGGAGGCUUCCGGUUGAGCAAAGCCCGGUGUAAUGAUAUUUUUUGGGAAGCUGUUUGGCCCCGUUUGCUUGCGAGAGGAUGGCAUUCUGAGCAGCCUAAGAAUCAGGGUUAUGUGAGUUCCAAACAUUACCUUGUUUUUCUUGUGCCUGGGGUUAAGAAGUUCUCAAGAAGGAAACUUGUGAAGGGAGACCACUACUUUGAUUCUGUUAGUGAUGUUUUGAGCAAAGUGGCAUCUGAACCAAAACUUCUUGAGCUUGAAGCUGAAGAAGCUACACUCAGGAGCGGUAAUGAGGAUGGGUGGGUUCAAGAAGUGACAUCAGAUCCAGAUGAUCCAUCCAACCAUCAGCGCCAUUGUUACCUUAAACCCCGAGUUACUACUUCCUCUCCAAAUCCUAUGAAGUUCACAGUUGUUGAUACUAGCUCAGUCCAUGGAGGUAAAUCAUCCAAUGUGAGAGACCUGAGAUAUUUACCCGUUGAAUACAAAAUUACUUCCAGUAUCUCCAAUAAUUAUAAGAAGUCAAUGUAUGACUUUGAGGCAUAUGUGGCUGAUAUGCCAUUGAAUGCUGAAAAGAACACAAAUAAGCUUAACCACAAUAAGGGUACAGUUUAUACAAGUGGUCCAAAUGGUUUGAAGUUCACUGUUGUUGAUACCAGUUUGCUUCAUGGAGAAAAAUCAUCUGAGGUGAGAAAAAUUAGAUAUUUACCCAUUGAAUUUAAAGGUAUAGCUGAUUUUAGCAAUCUUUCGGGAGAAAUUGAAGGGACCUCCUCUGAAGAUUCACUGGAUGUGCAUGAGCUUAAUGCUGUUGACACGUUGUUUAACAGUGGAAAGAAUAUUGUACCUGAUGGUGAUGAUACAAACAGAAAGGUAACAAGUAAUAAUUCAGAUAUUACUUCAAGCCAUCGAGAUGAUAAGGGCAUUAUGUCCAAUGACAGGCAGCUAAAAACAACUAUCAAGCACCAAUUUAGUCGAAGAGUAAAAUCUGGUAAUUCAAAAUCUGUCUCUCCUGUCAUCAAAAGGCGAAAAUUAACUGUUUGUUCUAAGUUGAAGACACAAGAUGUUAUUGAGGACUUCUCAGAAGGAUUGGAGUUAAAUCAAACAGGACUCUGCUUGCCAUCAAGUUCUCCAGAUGCAAGCAAGAAUGUCAGUUCUCCAAUGGAUCCUCAAGAGAAUGUGUCUUUAAUUAUUUCUUCACCUAAAGGCAGUCCAGGCAAGGAGAUUAGUGGAGGUGUUCUCAUUAGAAACUCGUCUGCCUUGGGCAUGUCCUGUGGGAUGAAUGAGAAACAUCAACCUCAGCCAUCACUUGACCUGAACCUACCCCAGGUUCUGAUAAACUCUGAUGUUGGUGAAGCAUUAAUGAUGGAGGUGGAAGACAGCCAUGGCAUAAAUACAGACGGUUCAUGCCUUCUAUCUAAGGGAAUGGACCUGGUUCCUGACACAAUGACUUCUAUGGAUGUGGAUAAUGUAGAGCAGCAACUGAUGAACCUGAACCCCAGAAGGCAAAGCACAAGAAAGCGACCACCGACCAUCAGAGCAUUGGAAGCUCUUGCAAAUGGUUACUUAAUUGUCCAAAGGAGGCAAAAGGGCACAGAAUUUCAGACACCUGAAAAUCCUUUCUCCAGUCCUUCCCGCAAGGCCCGAAGCAGGGUCAAAAUAACUUCAAAUCGUGGUAGCACUAGUACCAAGACCAACGAAAUGGAAAGAAAAGACGUGAAUGAUGCUUGUGAUGACAACAAAGGUUUGGUUAGCAACACUGUUGAUUGUGUUGAAAAAAAAAUGGCUCACUAGGUACUCAGGAUUUUCAGAGCCACCUGUCAUCCUAAUGUUUUUAAGGAUGAUCUGGUAAGGUGUUUUUUCCAAUUAUGAUUAGAAAAUGGGUUUUUAGUUACUCUGAAAGACGACCAGAGCAGUCUAGUACCCCUUUUGGAAAGAAUGACUCCUGCUAUAUUUACUGCCAUGAUCUGGAAAACUUGUAGUCCAUUGGAUGCUUUACCAAUCCUGGUAUAGGAGAGUGCAUCUUCACUUGUUUAGUUCACGUAAAAACUAACCGUUCACAGUGCAGACCAGCCUUUUACCAAAAAGCUGAGGGCCCUUCAGCAAUUUUCUUACGUCAAUAAUCACAGCUGAGAGGUGAAUUCACUCUGCGAUACAUAUGAAAAUGUUAUAGGCUACCUAAUGGCAGAUGUGUUGCUGGUAGUAUUUGGAAUGCAGGCAAAUUGUCAAGAUUCUAAUCAUAUCUGGGGUGCUUUGGUAUAGGCUUUGUAGAUGCAUACCAAGUUUCAUAUAAAUGUGAAGAUAUCAGUUAUCAGAAUGGAGGUUGAAUCUCUUUAAAAUGGCUGUUGGAGGAAACUCUUUCCUAGAUAGGGAAUUACUGGGAAAGCUGCUGAAGCAUAAACCCAUUUCGUCAAAUGAGAUAUAGAAUGCUGUUUCAAGGGGUCACCCACAGAUCAAGUUUCUGUAUCUUCUCAGUUGAGCAGGUUCCCGUUCUUGUAAUUUUUCUGAAGAUGUUUACUUGGUGACUCAGAUUUCUUUUGUGAUUUUAUUGUUCUGUCUGUGUGAUGCUUAGUUGAAAAUAACGGGCUAAAUAUACUUUUUACCCCUAAACCACAGGGAUUUUAAACUUUAUGCUCUGGAUUACCAAAA